AAAGAAGGAGUCAUUCAGACAGAAGCAAACUGAAGCGGGAACUACAGAGACCCACAGCUCCUCACACCUGAGAUCAAAAUCCACUCACCAGAAUGCAGUGCGUGUACAUUUUGCUGCUGCUGACCCUGGGAGGGUCUCUGGCCUCGCUACAUGACAAACAGACCGACUUUGGGCUGAAAGUCUUCUCUCAACUCGCCAAAACAUCCGCCCACAAGAAUGUGGCCUUGUCUCCGUACGGCGUCACCUCUGUCAUGGCCAUGGCGCAGCUGGGGGCUGCUGGGAGCACUCGCAGGUCCCUGACCGCUGUCAUGGAUUUCUCACUGCAAGAGAGAGGGAUGUCCCGGCAGCAGCGGCUUCUUCAGAGAGAUAUCUCCAGUGAAGAGGGCGUGGACAUCGCCAGCGGGGUGAUGGUGGAGAGGAAGAUGAGCCUGGAGAAGGGCUACCGCCGAGCCUUAGCCAAGGCCUUCCAGACCCAUCCUAACCAGGUGGACUUCACCAAACCGCAUCAGGCUGAGAAGGUCAUCAACGCCUGGGUGUCGGACCACACAGCAGGCUCCAUCCCCGAGUUCUUCGCCUCUGGAUCUCUUUCUGAUGAGACAAGACUGAUCCUGCUGAAUGCCCUGCACUUUCAAGGCCUGUGGAAGGUUCCUUUCGACCCGAAGCUGACCCAAGAAAGAAUGUUCCACUGUGCUAACGGCAGCUCCCUGCCCGUCCACAUGAUGCGACUCACCAACCGCUUCAACUAUGGUGAGUUUGUGACUGCCGAAGGAACCGACUAUGACGUCAUCGAGGUCCCAUAUGAGGGCGACUCUCUCAGCAUGUUCCUGGUGUCCCCGUUUGAGUCUGAGGUUCCUCUGAGCACUCUCAGUGCUGAGCUUAGCAGCCAGAAGAUUCCCCAGUGGAGAGCAGAGAUGAGGAACGUGAAGAGGCAGCUGGCCCUGCCCAGGUUCACGCUGACCUCCGAGGUGAAUUUGAAGGACGCUCUCGUCAACAUGGGUCUGGGAGAAAUGUUCAACCUGGCAACUGCUGACUUCACUCGGAUCACGACCGACGAGAGACUGUGUGUUUCCAAGAUUCUGCAGAGGCUGAAGAUCGAAGUGAACGAGCUUGGUACGAAAGGAGCGGCAGUUUCAGCCGCCGUGAUGUUUUCCCGCAUGGCGGUAGAGGAGAUCACUCUCGACCGACCAUUCCUCUUCCUGAUCCAGCAUAAACCCACAGGCACUGUCCUCUUCAUGGGUCAGUUCAACCACCCAGAGCAGCAGUAGAAGCCAACAUUCCCAAAUCCUCGCACUGAGUCUACUACUGCGACUUCCUUCUCACUGGACUGACUCUUAACAGCUUACCUGCCAUGGACAUGACGUGGACGAGACUUUGCCUUCUGUAUAUGCUAAUUUAUUCCUCUUCUUGCGCGUCAUUCACACAUGAAAAAAAUGAGAAAUGCUUUGUUGAUGUUUGUGUUUUUGAAAAGCUGUAUUUUUUAAAAUAUAUUUUUCUGUAUUCUGUCUGUUUUGAUAUGAUCCCUUGCAUUAUGUUGGUUAUUUAUUAAAUUGCUAUGUUUUAUAAA